CUUUCCUUCUGUUGGUUUUCACCCAAAUCAAAUCUGUCUAAAAUGACAAGGCACGAGAGAAGUGCGAGAGAAAAACAAUCUUCUUCCUCCCGGAGAAGAGAACGGCGGCGCUCCGAUGACGACUCUGACUCCGUCGACUCACCGUCCGAGGCUGAUUAUGACUCAGCCUCUUCUUCUGACCGUCGCAGUCGCCCCCAUCGCAGAAGCAGCAGCCGCCGCCGUCGAGAACGCUCUCGAGAAUCUUCCGAAGAUUCCGAUGACAGAAGAAAACGCAAGAGGAAAGUGUCAGAGGAAGAGAUAAAGGAAUAUCUCGCAAAAAAAGCGCAGAAAAAAGCGAUGCGAGUUGCGAAGAAGCUCAAAACUCAGACUGUGUCGGGCUACUCGAAUGAUUCCAACCCGUUCGGUGAUUCGAACCUCAAUGAGAAAUUUGUAUGGAGGAAGAAGAUUGAGAAAGAUGUUACUCGUGGAGUACCGUUAGACGAAUUUACGGUAAAAGCUGAGAAGAAGCGGCAGAAAGAGCGAAUGGCGGAGAUUGAGAAAGUGAAGAAGAGGAGAGAAGAGAGAGCAUUGGAAAAGGCUCAAAGAGAAGAGGAGAUGAUGAUGUUGCAGAGAGAAAGAGCUAGGGCUGAAGCUGAUGAUUUUGAGAAGAAAGAGGAAGAGUUUCAUUUUGAUCAGAGUAAAGUUAGGUCUAAAAUUAGGUUGCGGGAAGGGAGAACGAAACCGAUUGAUAUCCUUACUAAGUAUCUUGAUGAAUCGGAUGAAUUCGAUGUUGAAUUGGAUGAACCCUACAUGGUUUUCAAGGGUUUAACUGCGAAAGAAAUUGAGGAGCUUCAUGAUGAUAUAAAAUUGCAUCUUGGAUUAGAUAGGGAAACUCCAACUCAUGUGGAGUAUUGGGAGGCUUUGAUGGUGGUUUGUGAGUGGGAGCUUGGUGAAGCUAGGAGAAAGGAUGCAAUUGAUCGAGCUAGAGUGCGUGGGGAGCAACCUCCAGCUGAGUUACUUGCUGAAGAAAGAGGUCUGCAUUCGAGUAUUGAAACAGAUGUCAGAAACUUCUUGGAAGGCCAGAGUUACAAAGAGUUGGUGGCACUACAAACACAAAUUGAAUCAGACAUGCGUUCUGGAAAAGCAAAAGUGGUUGAAUUUUGGGAAGUAGUAAUUAAAAGGCUUCACAUUUAUAAGGCAAAGGCUUGUCUUAAGGAAAUCCAUGCCAAGAUGCUGAGGAGACAUUUGUUUCGCCUUGAGCAGCCCCUUCAAGAUAAACACUUGGAAUUUGAGGAGGAAAAGAUUGAAGAGGAAGAAAUUGAGGAAGAACUCAAAGAUGUUCGGGCAUUCUCUCCAGAACCCAUCACACACGAGGAAGCUGAGGAGUCAGGAGCGGAGGAUGGUUCCUUUUCCCCACAGCUCUUACAUGGUGAAGACAAUGAAGAAGCAAUUGAUCCUGAUGAGGAUAGGGUUAUAUUGGAGAAAAAACGAUUGGCUUUUGAGGAGGAGAAGCAAAAGCGGCUCAAAGAGGCAAUGGCUUCAAAACCUCGUCCUCAGCCAGACGAUGACUUUGAGUUCAGGGCAAAGAAAGUCAUGGGAGCUAUGGAGGAUGGUGAUGCGGUAUUUGGCUCCGGUGCUGAAGUUAAUAUGGAUUCACAGGUGUACUGGUGGCAUGAUAAAUAUCGCCCUAGAAAGCCAAAGUACUUUAACCGUGUUCAUACUGGUUAUGAGUGGAACAAGUAUAACCAAACACACUAUGACCAUGAUAAUCCUCCUCCCAAGAUUGUUCAGGGCUACAAGUUCAAUAUUUUCUACCCCGACCUCGUCGAUAAAACUAAGGCACCCACGUACUUCAUUGAGAAAGAUGGAGACAGUUCUGAGACCUGUAUCAUUCGGUUCCACGCAGGCCCUCCAUAUGAAGACAUAGCCUUCAGGAUUGUGAAUAAGGAGUGGGAGUAUUCCCAUAAGAAAGGUUACAAGUGCACUUUUGAAAGAGGCAUACUGCAUGUAUAUUUCAACUUCAAGCGAUAUCGUUAUCGGAGGUGAUAUUAUCUUUGCUUUUCAUGCGAAAGUUCACAGCACGAUCUACCUGAGUUUUGUUCCGAAAUGGUUAAAAAACACCAUUGCUGGAAGAACUGUACAUAGAAUUUCAACAAUUUGUUUAGAAUUUUGAUUCAACAUACUUUGCAUUGUUUUUCCCUUUCCAUGCCUUUGCUAGUUCGAUAUCUUAGAUAAUCUAGCAAGUACUUUCUCCGGUAACUCUUACAUGCUCAAAUGCUAUUUGUAUUAUUCAUAAGUUAGAUUUGAACUUGAAGCAUUUCAACUGUUGAUUAUUUUUGAUAUGAAAUUUGUGCUUAUUGAGAAUAUG